CAUGCGCUAAAAAAAUGGCUUGUCUUAUGGCAGCCUUUUCAGUGAAUAAUACCGCGGUCACGAACUCCAUCAUCAUGAAUGCCAAUGGGCCCCCAGAUCUCAUGCUUGACCCCCGGAGUGUGUGUGUCUCCGUUGAUGAAGUGGUAUCUAACAACGUUAGCAGCCAACAGACGCCGCUGCUGCACAGGCAUUUAAAGAAAAUAGAGAACAGCCUGAGUGAGGCGCAGCGCUUCUCCCUCCUGCCGCGACGGCCUGCUGUCAGUAUCCAGUUCAAAGACCUCUCAUAUUCUGUCCCAGAAGGCUCAUGGUGGAGAAAAGCAGGUUACAAGACCCUGCUGAAAGGGAUCUGCGGGAACUUCAGCAGCGGAUGCCUCGUGGCUGUCAUGGGUCCCUCUGGAGCUGGGAAGUCCACGCUUAUGAACAUUCUGGCUGGAUACAGAGAAACAGGUAUGGAAGGGGAGAUUCUGAUCAACGGACAGCCCCGAGACCUCCGGUCCUUCCGGAAGGUGUCGUGUUACAUCAUGCAGGAUGACAUGCUCCUCCCCCAUCUGACAGUACAGGAGGCCAUGAUGGUGUCAGCUAAUCUGAAACUCCAGGAAAAGAAUGAGGGCCGGAGAGAGAUGGUGAGAGAAAUCCUGACUGCGUUGGGACUUUUGGAAUGUGCCAAGACGCGUACGGCGAACCUUUCUGGGGGCCAAAGGAAGCGCCUGGCCAUUGCGCUGGAGUUAGUAAACAACCCGCCCGUCAUGUUCUUCGACGAGCCAACCAGUGGGCUGGACAGCUCCUCCUGCUUUCAGGUUCUCUCUCUGUUGAAGGCUCUGGCCCAAGGCGGACGAACCAUCAUCUGCACCAUUCACCAGCCCAGUGCUAAGCUCUUCGAGCUCUUUGACAAGCUCUACGUCCUGAGUCAGGGUCAGUGCAUUUACAGAGGAUACGUGUCCAAUCUCGUCCCAUAUCUAAGAGAGCUGGGCCUCAACUGUCCCACGUACCACAACCCUGCAGACUUUGUGAUGGAGGUGGCUUCCGGGGAGUAUGGGGACCAGACGGCCAGGUUGGUCAGGGCCGUUCAGGAAAGGAGUGAGAAGGACUAUAGCACAGAUGUACACAGGGAUGGGCCCCUCAAUCCAUUUUUCUGGCACCGAACAACGGAUGAGGACUGGUCCUCCACUGAGGGCUGCCAUAGUUUCUCUGCCAGCUGCCUGACUCAGUUCUGCAUCCUGUUUAAGAGAACGUUCAUCAGCAUUAUGAGGGAUGCGGUCCUCACUCACCUGCGCAUCACCUCCCAUAUCGGGAUUGGAAUCCUGAUCGGUCUCCUCUACUUGGGCAUCGGCAACGAGGCCAAGAAAGUCCUCAGCAACUCCGGCUUCCUGUUCUUCUCCAUGCUGUUCCUCAUGUUCGCGGCGCUCAUGCCCACCGUGCUGACGUUUCCCCUCGAGAUGACGGUAUUCCUGAGGGAGCACCUGAAUUACUGGUACAGCCUGAAGGCGUACUACCUGGCGAAGACCAUGGCUGACGUUCCCUUCCAGGUGGUGUUCCCUGUGGUAUACUGCAGCAUUGUGUACUGGAUGACCUCCCAGCCCUCAGACGCCGUGCGUUUCAUCCUCUUCGUGGCUCUUGGGAUACUGACCUCCCUGGUAGCUCAGUCUCUGGGGCUCCUGAUUGGAGCUGCAUCCAACUCAUUGCAGGUCGCAACAUAUGUUGGCCCCAUCACUGCCAUCCCCGUACUGCUGUUCUCUGGCUUCUUUGUCAGUUUUGACACCAUACCCAAGUACCUGCAGUGGAUCUCCUACAUCUCAUAUGUCAGAUAUGGAUUUGAAGGCGCCAUCCUAUCCAUCUACGGUCUGGACCGGGAGGACCUGCAUUGUGAUCAGAACAAGACGUGCCACUUCCGAUCCACAGAGGCCAUCCUCAAGGAGCUGGAUGUGCAGGAUGCAAAGCUUUACUUGGACUUCAUCGUGCUUGUCGUCUUCUUCAUCACCAUCCGCUUCAUCGCCUACCUUGUCCUGCGCUACAAGAUUAGUGCAGAGCGCUAGAGAGUCAACAGAAUAGGGAAAAGGGCCAUAGGUCAGGUUUAAUUUGGGUCGUAAGAAAUAUGUUUAUAUUUCUUGGUGCAGAGCUAAACCACAGCAAUGAAAGAAGAGUCACUAUGCAUUCACCAGCCUGGCAUGCUGUAAUGGUUUGAAAACAAAGAAGGGACAAGCUAUUUUUUAUUAGAUCUUGAUCUCUUUCUAGAUGAAAGAGAUCUCCAAAGUUUCUGGAGGUAAGUAUAGUUCGGAGCUGAAUCUGAGAGAUACUUAACGGAUUAAUGCCUGUUUGCAUCGUGAUGCAUCCUGACUAGUUUCAGACCUUUUUGUUGUUAAAUAUAUUUAAUGCUAUCUGCACAUGUUGUAUACACAUGGUUAAUACAGAUUUAUAUACAGUAGGAGGACUGUGUGUGACUCUUGCCCGUGGAAAGUCCUAGGAUGGACAGCGUGAUGUCACUGUCAGCCCUCGAGCAAGGUCCUUAACCCCCAGUUACUACAGCGUUUGUCUGUCUCCUCUUCUUCAAACAAUGUACGUCAUUUUGGAUGAAAGUGUCCACAAAAUAUAAAAUGUACAUACAGUCACCCCUUCACAUUCGUCAGGGGUUAAGGGGUGGAAGGUCCCUACGAAUAUGAAAAUUUGUCAAUAAAUACUUGGGUCCAUUAUUAAAAAUGCAAAACUGGUAAGUCUAAAAGUUACCAUGAGAAGCAUGAGAUUCCACGGUCAGAGACGGCUAACGUGAGUGAGGAUGGUAGCUCAGACAAUUUUUUAUUUGUUUAUGUUUGCUUUACCAAACAUAAAAUUCAAUAUUAAAUAUGGAGCAUUCACUUACACUAACAUAUAUUAAAUAACACUAAUAUUUAUAUUGUACAUGAUUUUAUGUGAUCAUUUUCAGUAUUGUUUAUAUAUUUUUUUGGCUUGCAUGUUGUCUAAAAAUAUUCUCAUUUAAUUGUUCACAGCCAGCUUGCGAAUAACUGAAACUGUGAAUGUCAAAUUUGCGAAUCUGGAGGGGUGGCUGUAUAUAUAGGUACCUUUAGAGCAGAAAGACUGACAGAGUGUUAUAAUUAAAAUUGAGGCAAAUGAACUUA